GGAGUCUUCCAAAAGAUUCCAAUAGAAGGUUCAAUCUCAUACAAGGAGUUGGCUAGCAGUGUUGGGUGUGAGCUGCAGCUGCUGGGUAAGAUUACCACCAGACUUCCUCACUUUCAAGACAGACAACUCAUUGUUGGCUUUCCCGUCCUAGUUCGCCUCGCGUGGAUGUUGAACUCCACUGGCAUCCUGAAGCAGGUCGGCGAGGAUGCCGUGGCUCAUACCGAAAAGUCCAAAAUGUUCAUCAAUGACAACCCAGACGGGGAUCUCACAAGGAUCGUGUAAGUGCUCGAUAUGUCAAUCCAUAAAUUUCUUAACAAAUAACUGACCAGUAAGCUUCGUACAUGGCAUGGUCUCAUACGCCCAGUUCGAGAAGUACUUUGAUGCUUACGGGCUACAAGAACCACGAGGCCGAACACACGUUCCAUACACCUUUGCGUACGGCCAGCCAGAGAAGAACGUCUGGGAGGUAUCUCUCCAGAAUCUUGAAGACAAGAGAAUCUUCCUUCGUUCAAUGAAGGCAAUGGGAAUGCUUCUUCCGGUGUGCGGCGUCUAUGACUUCUCCUGGAUCUCAGAUGCCGCGCACUCAGGGCCAGCGGACAGGCCCCUUUUCGUCGAUGUUGGAGGGGGAAGCGGCCAUGCCAUGAAGACCAUCUGCGACAACUAUGGCAUCCCAUUAUGUCGAUGUGUUCUUCAAGAUCUUAACACAGUCAUUAGCGAGGUUGCCGAAUCUCAGGAUUCUAUUGCCUCACGGGGAACGAAGUUGAUGGCCAUUGAUUUUCAUAAGGAGCAACCAGUCAAAGGCGCACUUGUGUACUACAUCCGUUAUUGUCUUCAUAAUUACAGUGAUGACUUGGUGGUCGAGAUCCUGGCUUGUAUCGCAAGCUCCAUGGCGCAGGAUAGUCGUCUGUUGAUCGCAGAACAAAUUACGCCAAAUCCGCCUUCGCCUCAUACGGCAGCCAUAGAUCUUUUGAUGCUGAGCGUCGGCGGUAAGGAACGGCCGAGGCAGGUGUGGAAAGAUGUUCUCGCCAAGGCCGGGCUGGGAAGAGUUGAGUUCUGGACAUCUCCGGGCAACCCACAUGGUAUUAUUGAGUGCUUCAAGAGAUCUUAAGCUAAAGGUGGUUGCCUGGUUUCAACGUGAAGCCUGCGUCGAUUCGUUACCUGAAAUACUUGACCUUGAGAAGAGCCUUGCCAAAUAUGAAAGGGCGUUGAUGCUCGACCUAUUGCGAACAGAUACGCAACAGAUGACAAAGCACUCUGACGACACUAAUAAUCGGUCUCCUUGCGCUUUGCCUUGAUUCACCGAGCUCCCUCGGCUCAGAAUGACUACAUGUACCCUAGGGAACGAAGUUUACUAUACCUGCUACUCCAGCC